UUGCUCCAGAGCCUAUAUGCCCGGGCUGCAUUCGUUUUGACCACCAUGUUUUCUCUACCGAGGCGCUGCCCUCAAACGCAAAGGCUUCUGAGUAGGUCAUGGACACCAGUUCUGGCUACGUACUCUGGCCAGCUGCCCUGGAAACCCAUUCUGGACGCCUCUUCUGGCCAGACAACUGUACUGGAGAAUUCAACGGCUGGCUUCCGGUUCUAUUCAAUGCACACCCGAGGAUAUCUCGAUAAAACAGCCAACCAAGUCCAUGUUGACACAGGAAGUUAUGGCAGCGAUCAACUCGUUUCCUUGAACCCUUGAAAACAGCUAGCAUCAGCAUGGGGGAGGGAUCUAUCAGCUCACCAAAAGGCAAUUCACCAGUACAGUAGAUUUCAUUGGUUAUGAGAAAUCCAAGAUGAGGGUAUGGGGAAUGUGCCAUAAACAUAUGCAUUCACAGCUUCACAAUCAUAAACCAGCACAGGAUUAUCCGCCUCAGUCAUUCCUUGUUGUUCUUCUCUUUUGAGAAUACCCCUGGUAUUCGCUGUGAGUCAUAGCAGGGUUGGAAGUGUGAGUGGGCCUUUGGGUGACAAACAAACAAGCAAUCAAGCAUUGGCAUUCUAGAAGCUGCCUGCCCCUUUUCAACACUCCUUGCGAUGACAUCAUACUGUUACACCUAUGAAUCUUGCGUGGAAAGGUGUAAGUAUUAAAUCAAACCAUGGCCCCUCCUAGCAAAAUCUUGUUAGUUUCUUCAUUAUCCUCCGAGAACUUGCUUCAGACCAUUGAUGUCAGGUAACCAAGAUGCACACUGCUUAUGACGCACUGCGGCAGACAGAGAGAGGCCUGCCUAUCUCACAGCGGCUGCCGAACCAACAACUGACAUACACAAAGCUGCGAGACAAGUGUCCAUCUACAGCGCAGCUUUGACUUGUUUCAUUCCGUCCUCUAUCGUGACCCUUGAGUUCGCAUUCAUGUCACAACCAAAAUUGCUAGGCAUACAAUUGAUUUCCUAUUCACCCCUAGUGCGGCAUCGUCCGCUUUACCAUCCGCUUCGCCAUCCACAGAGGACGACAACGGCGAAAUUGCGCUCCGUUGAGAUUGAUCCGUCGCAGGUUCUGCAGGACCUGACAGCCAGGUCGCUAGCUGUAAGCAAAAGAGGUCAACGCGAAGAUUCCUCGCAGCUUCUUUCCAGUGAGAGAGUGUAUCUGAGAAGGCUCCAGUGGCCUUUUGACAGGCUGCACUUCGGACAUGUGUCGCCGACUCACCUCGCCCAGCGAUUGCCGGUUCCAAUGACGUUCCAAUGCUGUCCAUGGACGUCCUCGGACACGUCCCGUCGCGGAUACAUUCGCAUUUGUCGGUGUCGGGUUUGUUGAUGAUGCAUCCCUUGAGGCCGACCUUGCCAGUGCGCUUUUUUGCGUCCUGAUGUGUGUAGUGUUGACUUUCCUAGUCGCGUCCCGAGCUUGUAGAGACCUCGGCUGUCCCAGUCUGUCUCUCAUCCAUCCCUCGGUCAGGGGAUGAUUUGGGUGGUCGCUAUGAGUGUUCGAAGGUGUUCGACUUUGGCAGUUGUCUAGAAACACCUUUGAGGUAGGGAAAGAUGUACACUAAGACGAACAACUAAGUGAAUUGCACUCUAUCUAGUAAUAACUAACUCACAAC